GGGACCCUUGAGUCCUCAGGCGGACGCUCUAUCCACUGAGCCACCCCGGUCAGGGCUGUUCUUGUAUUUCAUUCGGAACACAAAUUUGCUUUUGACCAACAGUCAAACCUUAAAAGGCUCUCCGAGGGGCCCAGUGCCUGGAAGGGGAGGUGGAGUGACCCACGGUGGUGAUUGGCGAUCAGGUUCCCAGGGUGCUCACAGCGGAAUUUGGAACUGGGGGCGAGGCUGCCUCCAGUGUGAUGUCACACAGCCUCGGCCCAGUGAGCAUGGAGGGCGAGCGGGACAGCGGCUGUCCAUUCUGCUGCUCCGGUGGGGCCGCGAGCGCUCCAGACGGACCCCUGAGCCGCCCCCGAGGACAGUCAGAGGCUCCUUUCUCAGCGGAGGGGCUUGAGGCAUUCCCCACGAGAUGUGCUGGGCCCUGAAGUCCGUGUUAGCCGUGUGCUUCCUUCUCUGUUGGCACCCACCCUGCAGGGGCGACUCAGACGGUAAGCUUUCUCAGAUCAACUCCAUCGUCAUGAUCAGCAUCGGCGCCGGGAUCCUGGUGGCCCUGCUGGCGCUGAUAUGUGUCACCAGCUGUCUUUACUUCAAAGUGGCCAAGGCAUUGAAGACUUCGAAACCGCCUUUUUGUUUGGCCUUAAAAAACCACCCGUCCAUGGUCAAUCAGGACAAGAUCACGGCCUCGUCCGUCACCGCCAGCUGCUACCCCAACCUCCAGUUCUGCGAGGAGUGCCCCUUGUUCACCGACUUCGACUCCCUGCCGCCAUGCCUCUGUGAUGUGAACGAGGGCCUCUGACUCGGGGCACGGGCCCUCCGGGGCGAUCUUUCUUUCUUAGUAGAAUGUUUUGUUGUUCCAGUCGGGUUUGUAUUGUGUAUAUUAUGUACCGUGUAACGUAUUUAUGGGCUUUUGAGUAAAUGCAGUAUUGAA